AUGCAGAACUACGGACAUGCGGUGGUGCUGCCACUUACCAACGAGACGAUGGCCUCCUUCCUGCGCGAGUGGAAGAAACGUCUGCCCCAUCUCCGGCUUCAGAUCGGGAAGAAGAGCCGUGCGGACCUCAUCGAGAAAAUUCGGGCCUUCGCGAUCGCCAACCCGGCGGUACAGCUGGCUGAGGGCGACGAUACCAUGGAGGUCGAGGAGGAGAUGACCCCUUCGCAGUCCCUCGCUGCACUUCCCACUUCAUCGCCCUCGGACGCAAGAAAAUAA